GAUCUUUCUUUGUGGCUGCGAAGUGGUUACUACUACACAACCUAAGUGAGUCAGUCCACCGCACCCGCCUGAGUGAAAGCAGCCUCUCCCCUUCUCCCUCCGUCUCUCCAAUGGCGGAAAAACUCGCUCUACCUCUUCUACUCCCAAACCCACCACCCUCAAGGUCUGUUUUCCCCAACAACCACCACACUCAGCACCACCCUCCAGUACCCUCAGCGCCACCACCAGUAGCCCCUCUUCUCCAGGACCUCCUUUUCACCCGCCAAAACCCCAGCACUUCCUCACAACCCCACACCCACCAGUCUCCAAUCCCCAGAACCCGCAACCGCAUCGGCAAGUCCCGCGACCCCAACCGUGGCAAGCCCUGGUCUAACCACAGGCUCUCCCUCAAAGGUCAGCAAAUUCUCCAAACUCUUCUUGACCCACAAUUUGAUUCUGCUGGAUUGGAUGAUGUUUUGCGUCAAUUGUUUGAACCGGAAGAGGAGGUGGGCCCUAGUGUGGAGUUGUUGUCUUUGGAUGUACUGGGUAUAAUUAAGGGUUUAGGGUUUAACAAGAAAUGUGACUUGGCAAUGGGUGUGUUUGAGUGGGUUCGGAAUCGUAAAGAUUUUGAAUUGAUAUUGAAUAGCUCUGUUAUUGCUGUGGUUAUUAGUAUUCUUGGCAAGGAGGGUCGGGUUUCAUCCGCGGCUUCUUUACUUCAUAAUUUACAUCAAGCUGGGAUUGAUAUUGAUGUUUAUGCUUAUACUUCUUUGAUAACUGCUUGUGCUAGUAAUGGGAGGUAUAGAGAGGCUGUGACGGUUUUUAAGAAGAUGGAAGAAGAGGGGUGUGAGCCUACUUUGAUAACUUACAAUGUGAUUUUGAAUGUGUAUGGGAAAAUGGGUAUGCAUUGGAAUAAGAUUAUGGGUCUGGUUGAGAACAUGAAAAUUGCCGGGGUUGCCCCUGAUCUGUAUACUUAUAAUACGCUUAUUAGUUGUUGUCGACGAGGCUCUUUAUACGAAGAAGCAGCUGGGGUUUUUGAGGAUAUUAAAUCAGCGGGAUUUACACCGGAUAAGGUUACUUAUAACGCGUUAUUGGAUGUCUAUGGGAAGUCUAGGCGGCCAAAGGAAGCUAUGGAGGUGUUGAGAGAGAUGGAGAUCAAUGGGUUUUCUCCUAGCAUUGUGACUUACAAUUCAUUGAUAUCGGCUUGUGCUAGAGAUGGUUUGUUGGAUGAAGCAAUGGAUUUUAAAACCCAAAUGAUGGAGAAAGGGAUUAAGCCUGAUGUGUUUACCUACACCACCCUUUUGUCGGGGUAUGAGAAAGCUGGGAAGGAUGAGUCUGCAAUGAAGGUUUUUGAGGAGAUGAGAAGUGCUGGGUGCAAGCCAAAUAUCUGCACCUUUAAUGCCCUCAUUAAGAUGCAUGGUAACCGUGGAAAGUUUGCAGAAAUGAUGAAGGUUUUCGAAGAGAUCAAGAUAUGUCAGUGUGCCCCUGAUAUUGUUACUUGGAACACACUUCUGGCGGUGUUUGGGCAAAAUGGAAUGGACAAUGAGGUGUCAGGAGUGUUUAAGGAAAUGAAGAGGGCAGGGUUUGUGCCUGAAAGGGACACCUUCAACACGUUAAUAAGUGCAUACAGCAGAUGUGGUUCCUUUGACCAAGCUAUGGAUGUUUAUAAGAGAAUGCUGGAAUCUGGGGUUAAUCCUGACCUUUCCACCUAUAAUGCUGUUUUGGCAGCAUUGGCCCGGGGUGGGCUUUGGGAACAGUCUGAGAAAAUACUUGCUGAAAUGAAGGAUGGUCGAUGUAAACCCAAUGAGCUGACAUACUGUUCUUUGCUUCAUGCCUAUGCUAAUGGCAAGGAGACUGAGCGCAUGUGUGCUCUGGCAGAAGAGAUAUAUUCUGGUGCAAUUGAACCGUGUGCUGUGCUUUUAAAGACCCUUGUUUUAGUUAAUAGUAAAAGUGACCUCCUAAUGGAGACAGAACUUGCUUUCAUGGAGUUGAGGAAAAGAGGGUUUUCACCUGACAUAAAUACUCUUAAUGCUAUGGUUUCUAUAUAUGGCAGAAGGCAGAAGGUUACCAAAACACAAGAGAUUUUGAAUUUUAUAAAUGAGAGUGGGUUCACUCCAAGCUUGACAACUUAUAAUUGCUUAAUAUAUAUGUACAGCCGCUCUGAAAACUUCGAGAGAGCAGAAGAAGCUUUAAAGGAACUUUUGGAAAAAGGAAUAAAGCCUGAUUUAAUUUCAUAUAAUACUGUUGUAUAUGCCUAUUGUAGAAAUGGUCGGAUGAGGGAGGCUUCACGGAUAUUCUCAGAAAUGAAGGAUUCUGGACUUGCUCCAGAUGUGGUCACUUAUAAUACCUUCAUUGCGAGCUAUGCAGCUGACUCGAUGUUUGUGGAGGCCAUUGACGUGGUUCGAUACAUGAUCAAGCAGGGAUGUAAACCAAACCAGAACACAUACAACUCCAUUGUAGAUUGGUAUUGCAAACUCAAUCGACAUGAUGAGGCAAUCGUGUUUGUCAACAACCUUCAUACCCUUGAUCCACAUACUUCCAAGGCGGAAGAAUACAGGUUAUCAGAACGUAUAACAAAGAAAUGGUCAUAGGCGAUCCUCAUCUGUCAAUGGAUGGCAGCUGGAUUGACUUGCUCUUUAGCCUCUUAACUUCAUAUCCAUCCAGCCCUUUGUCCUCUCUUUUCGUGCCCGUGUUUUAUAUUGUUUGGGCAGGGAAAUGAGCAGAAAUGUAAUGUUGUGCAUGAUUCUGUUAUCUCUCUGUGAGCUUAACAGUAAGAGCUGAUUCUUGAUUUUUGAGUUAAAGAGGAUUGAGCUAUACAAGCGUUCGUCAUUUAUGGCUAGCAGCAUACCUUGUAUAGAUCAAAUGACAGAUGAAAGAAAGGUGGGGAUGGGAGAAUUGAGUAAGUUUUAAGUUAUGUACAAUUUUCCAUAUAGCAUGAAAUUGGAAAACACAUGUACAGUUAACUCUGAUAAUAAUAUUUUGAAAAUGUUCGGCACUGUAAUCCAUCACUCUUACUGAUAAUUAUCUUUAUGUCAACUUUGCGUUAAUGAGAA